AUGAUCCAACUGGAAGCAGAACCAAAUGAUCUAUUUGUAAUACAAGUAUAUAUGCCUACGUCAAGAGCUGAUGACGAAGAAAUCGAGGAAGUGUAUGCUGGGAUAGAAGAACUACUAAAACUCACAAAAGGAAAAGAUAACGUUGUUAUAAUGGGUGACUGGAAUGCUGUUGUAGGUGAAGGAAAAGACGGUAGAGAAGUGGGAAAAUAUGGACUAGGUCAAAGAAACGCAAGAGGAGACCGAUUAGUGGAAUUUAGCAGAGAAAACAGUUUCGUGAUUACGAAUACAUUAUUUAAAGAACACAAGAGAAGACGAUACACAUGGAAAAUGCCCGGCGAUACAGGAAGAUACCAGAUUGACUAUAUACUAGUAAAGAAUCUGUUUAAAAAUCAAGUCAAAUCUUGCAAAACUUAUCCUGGAGCAGACUGUGAUAGUGACCAUCAACUA